AUGGCGACGAAGAAGGAUAUAAAUAGGAAAUCCUUUGCGUUUGUUAGAUUCAAAAAGGCGAACGAUGAACUGGAAUUGGAGAAAGCCCUACAUGGUAUCACACUCGGAAACAGAAUACUAGAUGUCAAUAUUGCGAGGUUUGAAAGGAGACAAGUGGGAGGCUCCACUAGAACCGGAAACGAAAUGAAUCGACAUUUGAAUCGUUUCACCCAGGCGACAAAGUUUAUGACCAAAGACAAAAGAACUUUUGUGGAAGUUGCAACGAGUGGAAGUAAGUCCUUUAGUAUCCAUCCUCCCCCUCCCACGAUGGAAUGUGAUCCUAUUAAGCUUUUUGAUGCCUCUCCUCUUCGGGGAUGGAUGAAAUGUAAACACACUUUGAUUGGAGAACUCCAUAGCUUCGAUCAUCUAGAAAAGACGCCUUACUCUUUCAAGAAUAAUGAUGGAUCCAAUUGUGAUAUAAAAUACUUCGGAUUGAAUAUCAUGGAUCGGUUCAUGAAUGAAUCGAGUAGAAAUGCUUUCAUGAAUGGAUUGAUGGAAUAG